AUGGGAAAUACUUUAAGUGAAGAGAGAAGACUUAAAGAGCGAGAAAGAAACCUGCAGCUUAGAGCAGUAAACCUAGAGGCCAGUCGAUUUGGAAAACUCAAACGAUACCUCUACCAAAUGCAAAACGACAAACAAAUUGACGACGUUUCAGACGAAGCAUGGAAUCUUCGAAUGAAUCAUUAUUUCCAAAACUCAAAAAAAUUCUACACCUCAAAUAAACUGAAAUCCUGUGUCUCUCAAAAAAAGCGCAGGUUCCAAAAUGAUUUUUUUGAUCUUGAUUUAGCUUAUAUAACGAAGCGAGUAAUUGCGAUGGGCUAUCCAUCAACAGGUCUUGAGUCUAUAUACAGGAAUUCCAGAGAAGAAGUGAUUAGUUUUCUUACCUCUUAUUAUCCAACACAUUAUAAGAUUUAUAAUUUAUGCCAAGAAAUUAAUCGGUAUUAUACCUUUGCUACUUUCCCAUCAGACAUGGUUGCUUAUUUUCCUAUGAAAGACCAUAACCCAACUGACUUGACGACAAUGCUGGAAUUUUGUAUUGAUGUAUAUUUGUAUCUUGCCCAGCACCCUGACAAUGUCGUUGCUGUCCAUUGUAAAGCUGGAAAAGGCAGGACUGGGCUUAUGAUAUGUGCUUAUUUGUUGUUUUUAGAAGCUUUUCCAACCCCCACUGAAGCAAUUGAUUUUUAUGGGAGAAGAAGAACUCAUAAUGGAAAAGGCUUAACAAUCCCAAGCCAAAUCAGAUAUGUCCAUUAUUUCAAUAAGUUCUUAAAAGACUGUUUCGUAGAUAAUUACUAUAAUAAAGUUCCGUCUAUAGUUAAAACUGCGAAUACUUUGAAGCGUGUCAAAGCCUUAAUUGCGAGGAAAAUUCAGAUAGUUGGGAUUAAUAUUGGGCCAGUUAAAAAAGUGCUAGAUGCCAAAAUUACAAUUUCUAGGCUAGAUGAUUCUGUUGUAUGGUCAGGGAAUAUUGAGCCGACAACAUUUAAUCUUGAUUCAUUGCAGUACUCUUUUCCUGAUGAUAUAGUUGGAGAUCAAGACUAUAAUUUUCAGUUUGAAUCCAAAAAAUUGAAAUUUUCAUGUUGGGUAAAUACAUAUUUUUUUAUUCCAAAAGAAAAUUUAUCUAGGUCAACACCUAGAUAUGAAAAAGAUAAGCCAGAAAUCGGAGCUGAGCUUUGCCCUAAAGAACUAGAUAAAUUUAAAGGCAAAUUUUCAGAUGAUUUUAGUAUUAUUAUAAUGGGGAUAGAUCUUAUUGAACCAAAAACAAAUUAA